GCGCGAGAAGGGCACGUCCUAUCUGUGCAGCCUGGUGCUGGAUAUGAUGAACAUAACCCAUCCGAGCUUCAGCGGAAUCAGCGCCAAAGGACACAUGAGCGCUACGACGAGCAGCAGCAUGUCGUCAAGUGUACCGAAGUUCCCUCUCCCAGACGACUACUUUGCCACACCCAACCUCACAGCCAACGAAGCUGACUUCUUCAACUCGGUCGCACGCAAAUCGUGCACGAAAGUCAUUUAUUACGCGAGACCCACAGGAGGACCGGUUACUUGGAUCCCGAUCGCGUCGUCGCCCCACGUCCAAGUGUUCAGUGGGAAACAGUCGGGCGAUUCAUCGACCGUGGCGUACUUUUGCGCUGUGACGCAACUCCAGGCAUCCCUCGACGAUGUUGCGCGCGUAUUUCGAACGGAAACGACAGCCAAGUACCGUGAACACGCGAAAACGUUCGCCCCAGACUACCUCGACUGCGCCACCCUGACAAACCUCGUCCUCCCCUCCGAGACUACACCGCUCCAUUACAUUGGCGUCAAGUGGGCAGCCGUCGAAUCGCCGACCAUAUUCAUUAAGCCGCGGGAUUUUUGUUUCUUGGAAUGCCAGGACGAGUUUGUCGAUCGACGGACGGGACGCCGAGGAUGGGUCAACUCGAUGCACUCGGUCAACUGGGGCCAAGUUUGCCCUCCCAUGGACAAAUCGCACGGUCUUGUUCGCGGCUCCAUCUACCGAUCCGGUUACGUAUUUAUCGAGUCGUCCAGGCCCAAUUGCCUCGAAGUAGUCCACGUUCUACAGGUCGAUAUGAAGGGCAGCGUCCCUGCGUGGGUUAUGAGCUCCAUCAUGAAGCGCCGCGUGAUGGAAGUCGGUCGAUUGCAGCACUUUUUUCGCGUCAAGACACUCGACCCAACUUCGUUCUUGCUGUCCAGCACCCAAUCCAAGGCGAAAAAGUCCCGUGGUCUCCUCUGCCACGUAUGUCGCACGACUGUACUCUCGUUUUCCCAGCGCCACCAUUGCCGCAAGUGCGGUCACGUCGUGUGUAAAAAAUGCAGCGCCGACCUCGUCGUCGACUUGCCCGACGUCGGGCUUAACAAGUUGCGCGUGUGUGCCGAGUGCACUUCGUCAAAUCCAGGUUCAUUGAAGGACCGAUCGGUUGAUGCAAGUGCCACCGCCGACGAAUUCUGGGACUACGAGCCGCGUGCAUUCAAGACUGACCGCGGUCAGUCCCAGGCGUCGACGCCUUCCAAGAAGCAAGGCCGAUUUCAAUCGUCCGACUGGUUCCUUAGCCACCGAACGGCACUCAUGGCUAACCCGUUCCGGCCAUCCGUAUCCCUGUCAUGCGAUGCCGCCAACAGCGCGCUCGUUUCUGAUAUCGCCGACGCUUCCGUGGAAGUCCAAGAGGAAUUGAUGCCUGGCACAUCCAAGUUCCCCGAUCAUUUUGUCCCGCGGACGUCCUCCCGCGUGAGGGCGUCUGGGCCGUCUGCACAACGUACGGAUACGGCAGCCCUGAAGCGCAUGCGGCAGACGCGCGGCAACCACAAACUCGGCGAAAGCUUUGGAAUUGAGCAUUUCAACCCGGACGACAUUACCUUUCAUAGCCUCGACCGGCCGUCGUCCAUCAUUCUCGCCGGCAACUCCAGCAUGCGCCGCACGGCGUCGGCGAUCGGGCGGGACGAGUGGACAUUCAACUCGUUGAUUGCCGUCCGUUCAUCGCAACAUGGAGGAGCAAGCCACGCUAGCAGUAGCCGCAUGUCGGACGUGAGUGACCUGUCCAUCGAUGAAGACGAUGACUCGAAUUUUUACAACGAUGGCGACAACAACCACGGGUAUGCACCCAUGCAAGUGCUCACGGAAGACGAGUUUGAGUCGUCUGUUGUGGGCAUGGACAACGACGUCCAAGCGGCGGACCAAGCGCCACAAGCCCCCCCACCAUCUCCUGCAAAUGACCAACCCCACAUUGUUCCAGUCGUACCUGCCGUUCCCCCACAACCUGUUGCGACUCAUCAUGUGGCUACAGCGAAUGCCACACCAAUUGCAUCGAGCAAGACACCAGGCUCAACCUCGGCAGAGGAUGACAACACAUGGCACGCCACAUCGAGCAGCCGGAGGCGAGCCAAGCUCCUGACGCCACAGCCCCAUCCAUCGCAGCUUGGAAACUCGUCGAGACAAAACCAAUUGUCCACUCCAAGACAGGCAAAGCAACCGCACUCUCUCGUUUCCGAGUCGUUCGCGCGCCCCUCCGUUUACGAUCGCCCGCUACCGCCGACACCACAAGGGCCCACCCGCACUCGGUUACCGAGCUCUCACGGCCAUCGACGACCGUCGUCUGCUUAUGGAUCCGAGGUCUCGCAAUCGUCGAGUGGCCCCCGACGAGAGGCGACGAGGGACGUGAGCCCACCGAAUGGAGGAACGAAGACGUCGGCAAUGACACCGAAUAUCGAGGACUUUGAAAAGGACAAGCUGGAUGCGCUGGCGGCGCAGCUCGCGGAGCGACUCAUGCGCGCCGAUUCGGUCGACAAAGACACGAUUCGAUCGACCCUCGUCGAAGUCCUCAAGGCGCAACCUCGACAAGGAGCGGCUGCAUAGUGUGCAUCGAGAAAAAUAUGGGUGUCUGUCAUUAACGUAAGAGUAUUGUGUUUGCAAAAGAGA